GAGACUUAAACCAACUUGGAGAAGUGGGAAGCCUGUUUUUAUUGGCUAGGUUUGUGAGACUUCCUGCCAGCGUGCUUAUCUGUGUUUAUUUUGGGCUCGCAGCCAGCAAGAGCCGGGACUCGGAAAAAUAUUUCUUUGAACGUUCUGUUUGGCUUUCAUUUCUGAACAGACAAGAUGAACAGGAUGGCAAUAAGAGCACUCUGGACAACUGUAAAGAACAAUCAGUGUUGAAAAGGGAAGAAAAUCAAGCCAAAAAUCAAAAUAUUUUCCAUUUCCUGCAGAAAACCAUACAAAUCUGCUCCUCCUCCAGCAGCUGUUUGACAAAAGAGCAAAAAUAAAGAAAGAAUAAGCAGAUUAUGCAGAACUCGAUCAAUUAUUAUUUAUAAUUCAGCAAAAGAGGGAAAUAUCUGGAAGUCUGUUCGAAGGAAAAGAUCAAUAGUAAAGCCACGUAGAAGAGACAGGAAUGCAGGGCUCUCCCUGAGAGGAAGAAGAUGGCUUGAAUGAAAGCACCCUUAAACAAGGCAUUGUCCAUAUUUUUUACCUCCUCAAGAAUAUCAGUUGUGCAAAAGCUUCAUAAACUUGCCUAUUGUUGGAAAAGCACAGAUUGCAAAUCACAGCUGAUUAUGCACAAGAGGAGACGGAAAGCCACACAAAUUACCUGAAUGUGACAAAAACUAGGGUCACAAAAGCUCCCUUGUUGUUCAUGGAAGCACCUCCACAAAGGAGGGAAGCCACAAAAGUGCUCCCAAUGUGGUAAAUGCUUUAGUGAGCAUGGCAACAUGGUGCUACAUCAGAUAACUCACAGGAGGGAGAAACAUAUGACUGUGCAGAUUGUGUGAAAGUUUCAUUAGAAAUUCCCAGGUCUUGAGACACUAAAGGAUGCACACAAAGGAAUAAAAUCAUUUGAAAAUCCUUUCAGUGGGAAAAGUUUCAGUGAAUUCCUUCCUGGUGAAGCACCUGAGGACUCCCACAAAAGAGAAACCUUUUGAAUGUCCUGAUUGUGGAAAAAAAUUUAGUCACAAUUUAGGUCUGGUAAUGCAUCAGUAGAUUAACUUCAGGGAGAAACUCUAUGAGUAUCUACAUUGUGGGGAAAACAUCAUUAGAAAUUUCCAUCUCAAGCGACACCAGAGAACACAGAAGAAAAACCCUUUGAAUGUCCUGAUUAUGGGAAAGUCAGAAUUCUGGUGAUACACCAGAAGACUCCCAUAGGAGAGAAAUGCUUUGAAUGACCUGAUUGUUGGAAAACUUUCAGUUAUGAUUCCAAUUUGUGAAACAUCAGAGGAAUCAUAAAGGAGAAAAACCCAUUCAAUGUCCAGACUUUGGGAGAAGCUUUAAUUGUAAUUCCCGCCUGGUAACACAUCAGAGGAUUCACUCCGUGAAGAAACCUUGUAAGUGUAGAGAUUGUGGGGAAAGUUUCAUUAUAAAUUCCCACCUCUUGAGACAUAAGGCUACGCACACAGGUGAGAAACCCUUUGAAUGUCCUGACUGUGGGAAAAACUUUAGUGAUAAUUCUAGCAUGGUGAAACACCGGAAGACUCACACAAGAGAUAAACCCUUUAAAUGUUCUCUUUGUGGAAAAGAUUUUAGUGAUAAUUCCAACCUGGUGACACACCAGAGGACUCACACAGGAGAGAAACCCUUUGAAUGUCCUAUCUGUGGGAAAAGCUUUAGUCACAAUUCCAGUCUGGUGACACACCAGAUGACUCACACAAGAGAGAAACCUUUUGUAUGUCCUGAUUGUGGGAAAUGUUUUAGUCAGCGUUCCACUCUAGUGACACACCAGAGAACUCACACAGGAGAGAAACCCUUUGAAUGUUCUAUUUGUGGAAAAAGGUUUAGUGUUAAUUCCAGCCAGGUGAAACACCUGCGGACUCACACAGGAGACAAACCCUUUGCUUGUCCUGAUUGUGGGAAAGGUUUCAGUCGGAAUUCUCAACUGGUGAGACACCAGAGGACUCACACAGGAGAGAAACCCUUUGAAUGUUCUUAUUGUGGGAAACGUUUCAGUCAGAAUUGCAGCCUGAUAAGACACCAGAUGACUCACACAGGAGAGAAACCCUUUGAAUGUCCUCUUUGUGGAAAAAGUUUUAGUGAUAGUUCCAACCUGGUGACACACCAGAGGACUCACACAGGAGAGAAACCCUUUGAAUGUCCUGAUUGUGGGAAAAGUUUUAGUGAAAAUUCUUAUCUGGUGAUACACCAGAGGACUCACACAGGAGAGAAACCCUUUGAAUGUCCUUAUUGUGGGAAAGGUUUCAGUCAGAAUUCCAUGUUGGUAAGACACCAGAGGAUUCACACAGGAGAGAAACCCUUUGAAUGUCCUGAUUGUGGGAAGUGUUUUAGUUGGAGUUUCAGCCUGGUGACACACCAGAGGACUCACACAGGAGAGAAACCCUUUGAAUGUCCUGUUUGUGGGAAAUGUUUUAUUCAGAGUUCCAGCCUGGUAACACACCAGAGGACUCACACAGGAGUGAAACCCUUUGAAUGUUCUCUCUGUGGGAAAAGCUUUAGUGAUAAUUCUAAUCUGGUGAGACACAAGAGGACUCACACAGGAGAGAAGCCCUUUGAAUGUUCUCUCUGUGGGAAAAGCUUUAGUGAUAAUUCUAAUCUGGUGAUACACCAGAGGACUCACAUAGGAGAGAAACCCUUUGAAUGUCUGAUCUGUAGGAAAAGUUUCAUUAAGAAUUCUAGCCUGGUGCAACACCAGAGGACUCAUACCGUGGAGAAAUCUUUCAAAUGUCCAAUCUGCGGACAUUACUUCAAGCAUAAAUCAUCCCUUAUUGCACACAAGGUAAUCCAUAUGAAGAAAGGUAGAUGAGUUUAGAGAAUGCUUGAAUUUCAUUUGAUAUCUCCCAUUGAAAGUGUAGGUGAGAAAGUGAUUGUUUGAAUUUUGGCCUGAUUCAUUUUGCUCAAACAUUUCUCAGAAUUAAAUUUGUAAGUGCAGUGAAAAGUAAAUUGGAAAAUGGUAACUACUAGUUUCUGGUUAUCAACAGAACCUUCUGUAUAUUUCCUUUUCUGGAAUUAAUGGAAUUCCUCAAAAAGGAAUUUUGGGUAAAGCUUUUGUCUGUUGUUUAUGGAAUUUCCACAUGUGGAGUUUCAGUCUUCUACCUUGGUUUCACCCGAUUUUCAGCCCCAGAGUUCCACAGCCCGCAUAAAAGUAGUCCUCAAGAUAUAACUAUUAUGGGCCUUGAAUUAGGGUUUCAUGUUCCAAUGGCUGUUAAGUGAAAUUGCUUUCCUUAACUACCUCAAUCCUCCUGCUCUCCCUGAUGCAGCCAUUAAUCAAAUAUGCAACUCACUAGGCAGAACACUGUCUACUCAGAGCUGGGGAAAAGUCUUGGAGGCCUAGCGCAGAGCCAGGCUUGCCUGCCAUAGGCAUCUAUACACCCCCCACCCACCCUCCAAGACACCCUUGUGCUCUGUAUCCUAACCCUUGAGUCGCCUUGGCCAUUCACUCCCCGUUACCCCUGACUCCAACCCUACCUGACUUCACACCCUCCUCUUCCUUACCUUUGAAGAUCUCUGAGCCUCAUGUUGGGGAGAGAGAGAAGGACAUAUAUCAAUGCUGGCUAACAUUCUUUGGAUCAUGUGCCAAAAGUGGGGAGGAGAGCAGGUAGGGCAUACUUGGGCGUGCCCACACCCAUAAUACCAUGUGCGCGACCCCAGCGUGC